CCAACAGAAAAACUAGUUCUCUUACAGUUCCCCUACUGUAGUGUGGGCCAUUUGCGCAUUUGCACAGUGCCCCUCACUCAUGCUGUAUCACAGGGCCAUGAUGCCGUCAACUACUUCAUACACGACACAGUUCAUCAACAACCAGUGCCUCUAUCGCAACAAAGUGUGCUUAAACGUCCGCGCGGUCAAGAAUAACGGUCUGCUGCACAGUCUCUGCGAGUACCAUCGGCUCAAAGCCAACUCGAACCAGCGCAAGCUCGAAAAGAAGCAGCGCGACUGUCCGAUCACUCCUCCUGCGGCCACAACCGAACAAAGCAACAAGCCACCGCGUACCUUUGGCGUCAAGGAGCUGUGGAUAAAUCCGUACGACGUAGAUGACAUCGACACGGGCGACGACGACGUUGUGAUUUGGGUGCAGCCCACCCGCAUCGAACUCCCGCAGACAUUCGACCACAUCAUUCAUGAAGAAGUUUAACCGCUGUCAUAGUAACUACUUACGAAUCCCCUACUUGUUUAUGCGGUUAUGCGGAAUAGUCCACUGCUGUUGACCCCAACGAAGCUACUCGCCCCAUGACCUGAACAGAUUGCAUUCGAUGU